AUGUACCAUAAAGAGAAGAGCAUUCAGAUUAAGAGUAGUGCUUCUGCACUAUAUAAUAACCUCAGCGUCUUGCGCAUCGCUCCGCGAUGUCUCACCUACUUCACCGUAGUCCACGCUAACGUCGUUAACAUGGUCAGUGCCUCCUGGGAUGGACUGAAUUACUCCCAUCGCCAGCUGCAGUCCAAAGAGGGUAAUGUGGCAACUAGCUCCUCUCUCAUCAUGCAGGCAGCCUGGUGUGUCCUGCCCUCUCGUGAUCUCCUGGUGCUGACCUCGCAGAAGGGCAUCCAGAUGUAUGAGUCAGAUGGGUCUAUUAUGGUGUACUGGCAUGCACUUGACACUCCAGAGACACCCACAGCUCAGGCAGUGUUUGCACGAGGGAUAGCUGCCGUGAGGGAGAAGUAUAUCUGUGUUGGAACCUCGACCGGGUCGGUGCUGGUGUUUGAUGUUCCUGCUAAAGGAAGUAACAUAACCCUGUCAGAGGUUCUGGAGGAACAUAAGGAGCCGAUCACAGACAUGGCCUCAGAGUGCUCUGGGAGUCUGGAGUGCAUAGCUGAUUUGGUGAGUGCAGAUGAUUCCGGUCUUCUCUGUGUGUGGAAAUCAGGAGAAGACUUCCAGCUGCUCAAUAAGAUUCCUGGCUUUGAUGUGAGCUGUUCGUCUGUAAAGUUAUGGAAAGGCACGGUGGCAGCCGGCUAUGGAACAGGACAGAUCCGACUGUAUGAGGGCGUCACAGGGAUUUUAUAUGCAGAGGUCAAUGCUCAUGCUCGCUGGAUCUACUCCCUGGACAUCGCACCAUUCACUGGACUGUUGUCUCUUCCUGUUAUCGUACAGCUGCUCUCGGCUGCGGAGGACUCUCUGGUCCGUGUUUGGCAUCUCAGCUUGACUCCAGAGACCAACAGUGUGGAGAUUGAGCACAUGUAUAAUGAAUGUGUGACGGACACUCAGAUCUGUGGCGCUAAAUUCUGUGAUGGAGACGGCUACGCUUUCGCUGUGACUGGUUACGACCUGAGCGAAAUCAUCCGUUACACGCAGGCCUGA